AUGACCCUCUGGCUAAUACUCUUUGCUGCAAGGAACGCCACCGAUACCGAGUUCCUUGCCAUUGCCAGAAACCCAUUGAGCCCCGUCGCUACGAACGACAUGGAGUUGACCAAGGACGGGAAUCAACAACAGUCUGCGCGCAAAGAGCACCAACAAGAAACAAGGACGCCAUGUCCUUGGCCUGCCGACGAUGACUUCGAGAACAUAAACACAAAGACCAAGCAGGCGAUUGCUGUUGAAGUGGACGUCAAAUAG